ACAAGGUGAUAAAAGAGUUCGUGACGUGCAGCCUGACAGACGCCUUCAGCCCGUCCUACUGCUCCGUGCCAGGCAUCUACUGCGACUACCGCGGCAUGGUCAACUCGCUAGACCUCGGCGGUCGCUCUCUUGCCGGCUGCAGCAUCCCCUACAGCAUCAGCAAGCUCUCUGCGCUCACCAAACUGUCCCUAGCGAACAACAAGCUCAUGGGGACUAUACCGGACUCUAUCUCCACCCUGACCAAGUUAUGGAAGCUUGAACUAUGGAAAAAUCAGCUCAGUGGCAGCAUUCCUUCGGGCAUUAUGCAGCUCCCAAGACUUGCUUACCUUGGUCUCUCACAGAAUCAGCUCAGUGGCAGCAUUCCUGGCAUGACGACCGAAUCCGCCCACAACUACCUUAAUCUCCAACUCCAAGGCAACCAGUUGUCGGGCACCCUUCCUCCCUCCUUGGGGAAAAUUUACACACUGAGCAUCGACUGA